UUCUCAGUUGCUCUACACAAAUAAUCGCAUAAAGUCAACAAGUAGGUACAUCUGGCACAUAACGGCAACAAAUCGACAUUGCAAAAGUUUCCACCAAAUGAUAAACAAGUGCACUUAAUUAUUAUAUUAACGAACGAGACGAGUGCCAUAAAAGUACCAACAACAACUGCGCAAAAUGUCCAAUCCAACUACUGGCGUCUCCUCUAAGCUGCUGUUGAGCAUCGGCAUUGGGGUUGGAGUGACGGCGGUGUCCGGCGCCUCCUAUUUGUACUACAAAUAUUGGAAAGAGGAUGCCAUACCGGAGCAAUGGCAACGCGUGGGCACAUUGGAAAUGCUCGAGUUCUUCCCGAUUAAAUCUUGUGGUGGACUUAAAGUACCCGAGGGCACUGAACUAGAUUGCGAAGUGCUCGGCCUACGAUACGAAAGUUGUCGCGAUCGUGCACUGAUGCUGGUCGACAAAGACGAUGUAAUGAUAACGGCACGUGGCUAUCCAAAAAUGGUGUUAAUUAGUACCAAAUUGGUCACACCCACAAAACUGGAAAUCAAUGCACCUGGCAUGGACACUUUGGAAUUGGAUUUUAAGAAACUGAUCGAUGAAGCGCCGGGCCGUGAUAUACAUACAGCCGUGUUUGGUGCCAAAGUGGAUGCGAUGUUGUGCGGUGAAAAAUAUGAUAAAUGGUUUUCACAAUUUAUAAUUGGCGAGGAGAGUGGGCUGAAACUUGUGUACCAUCCAUAUUCGAAACCGCUGAAGCCAAUCGAUAAGGAUAUGGCUAAUGAGCCGCACUUCAAGAAAUCCGAUACGGGUGCCUUCGCUGAUGCCACCAGUUAUAUGUUGAUGAAUUUAUCAUCUAUUGAUGAUCUCAAUAAGCGCCUACCACGUCCGGUGAAACCAAUACAGUUUCGUGGAGAUUUCUACUUAAAAAUGGAUAAUAGCGAGCCAUAUGUGGAAGACGCUUACGACUGGAUUAAAGUCGGUAGUGAAGCGGUGUUUCGUAAGGUGGCGCCAUGCCGUCGCUGCAUUUUACCCAAUAUAAAUCCGGAGACUGGUGAGCGCGAUGCAGAGAAUAAUCCUUUGAAGACACUAAAAACUUAUCGCUGCGUUGGGGAUAAUCCAAGUCCCGUGUUGGGCAUACAUUUAGGCCUACGUCAGGCAGGGAAAAUAAAACGUGGUGAUGUUAUUUACGUUGGCGUACAAAAAUGAGCUGAUAUUUAUCUUGCAUAUUGUCUUUCAUACACAUAUUUAAUAUAUAUAUAUAUAUAUCUUAUAUAACUCGUUAAACAAUUUAAUUUGGCAUUAUAAUUUGUUUUGCUUUUACAGUGUAUGUAAAUAUAUAUUUAAUAAAAUAUCGAAUUCCAGCGAUUA